GGACGAUGAUGAUGAAAAUCGAAAUCGAAAUAAUUGGAAAAAGUUGGGCGCAAGAAAUGCUAGAAUUUCCUGAUCAGAGGAAGCCAUUAGUUUGCUCGAAGCUUAUAGGUCCCUGUACCGUUUCCUGUAUCUUCGUCUUACUCACUCAGUUCGCCCUCUCUCUUGUUCCUCGAUUCUUCGCUACCAGUUCAAUUGCAAUCCAACUAGCACUCUCAGCUCUGGUACUAGUUAUUGUUUUAGGUUCUGGCGGAUGGUGUAGGCGGCUCCUUGGAGUAUAUGCAUCGGCUCCAGCUUUUGUCGUCUUCAACAUACUUUUCAUUUGGGGCGUUUACAUCGCUGUUAUUCGACGAGCUGUUGCAAAAAUCAUGGAUGUUGCAUUUAGUGGAGAGGUUCUCAUGCUCAUUAUUGGUCUAUGUAGAAUCAUGUCAAGUGAUCCAGGUUAUGUUAGACACAAUUCUUCUUGUCCAGAAGGCGUUGAAGCUCUGGAUGAGAAUUCGCUAUCGCAAAGAAGGAUAAGAUAUUGUAAGAAAUGCAAGGCAUACAUUAAGGGUUUUGACCACCAUUGCCCUGCUUUUGGAAACUGUAUUGGCAAGAAUAAUUACAUCCUCUUCAUUUUUCUUCUGCUUGGAUUUCUAACUACUGAGGUUUCGUAUCUCCUGUGCUUAAUUCAAUUCACCAAAAAAUCCAGGAGUUUUGAUAGAACUAGGUUGGAGACAAGUCUGUCUAGAAGUUUGGCGAUCAGCACAAUGCUGUUUUCUCUUUUCCAAGUGCUAUGGCAGGUGGUGUUUCUUAUAUGGCAUUUUUAUUGUAUAUGCUCCAAUAUCACAACGGAUGAGUGGAUAAACUGGACAAAAUAUCCCGAGUUCCAAAUUAUUCUCGGGUCCCUGCCAGGAGAGAGCUUUUCUAAGAUCAUGUUUAAGAAUCCUCAUGACAAGGGCAUUCUACAAAAUGUGGUGGAGUUUUUAACAUUGAAAGGAUAAUGAUAUGUUUAUAAUUGCUCUUGGGACCAUGAAUGGUUGCCCUCCCAUGGCUUUCACACAGGAUUUUUAACUAGCUUGUAGAAUGUGACUUGGCCACGGUGAGAAGUAAAGAGUGUUGUCUCAAGUAAAUUACAGUCUGAAAGUUUGUUCUGUAAACUUAAAAACCGUAAUAACUGGUGGGUCAAUGGUUGCUAGAGACGUUGACAAAAUUGCAUGAAGCCAAGGUACUUGUUGCCACCUUUUUGUUUCAAGGCUGCUCAUGCCAACAUAAGCCAUACACUGAUCCGCUA